AUGUCAGUGUCUACCCCAUCUUCCAACAAAGGCGCAACCGGUAGGGAUUUGCUUGAUUUGCAUAGACUGGUGCAAAGAGGCACCAAUAUUUCACCCACGAACACAUCCCAUGCCCGGCAACAAGUGCCCUUACGGUCUCCGCCCAGUUCUCAGAAUUCCACCAAGAAAAGCGCCACCAAUCGGGGCAGCAGCGGAAGUGGUAUUGGUAGCAGCAGUAGCAGCAGUAGCAGCAGCAACGGCGGAGGUUUCUUCAAUAAGAUUUUGAAAAGAUCUUCCACAAAGUCUUCCUCUAGCACACAAGCUUCGCCUUCAUCUAAGCCCACAUCCAAGUCCUCAACAGUGGUGUCUAAUGCGUCCUCUCCCACAGUAUCUAAGACGACGGGCAGCGGGCGGAGAAUCAACUCUUCAUCGUCAUUGACUAGUGCAAACAACAACAACAGCAACAGCAACAGCAAUAACAACCAUGGAACAUUCAGUGGGUCGUCCUUCUCCACUUAUGGAAUGAGCAACGACAGUGAUUCUGCAGAGAAUAUCUCUCAUGACGAAGGAAGGACAUCUAGAUUGCCUUCAGUACGUAGGAGUUCUAAAACUAAGCUUAAAGAGUUAUCAAAGUCUGUUUCACGCGGACAUGGCGAUAGAAAUUCAAUGAGUAUAUUUGAUGAAGACAACAGUAGUAUGUACGAUGAUGAUCUCCACUCAGUGUCAGACAUAUCUGCCGUCUCUUCUAUAGAUGACGAACAUUCACUCGGUUCUUCGACGUCUUAUUUGGCUUCCAAGCCUGGCUUCACAUCUGCUGAUGGGAUAGCGUCGAACCAACGCUACAGCACCUCUGGACUUGGCUUGCUUGAAGACAAUGAAAAAUACGAUCACGCUGAACAAAGUUCAUAUGAAGGGGAACGACCACAAGACUGGGCAAACAUUUCCAAGGAGGCCCUAGUGGCCCCCAGUUACUUAAGAGUCUCCAAGAGGAAGAGACAAGCUCCAAAGAUACUUGAUAACCUAUUCUUAGCACAAGAGUUAAACACUAAUAUGGAUUUGAAGAAAAGUCAAAAUCACACUAUUGACUUAGAUACGUUAUCUACCGACAGUGCUACGGACCACCCCAACGAUACGGACCAUAAUGACAUGUCGUUUCUCUCAGAGAGCACUUUUGAUUCUGAAGAAGAAAACGAGGUUAAUAUCAAUAAUAUUAAGAGCAACAACGCUAAGGCAUUUAGUAAUGGCGACAAAAAGAAAAACCAGAAUGAAAUAUUUGUUAUGGAAUUUAGUAGAGAUGGGAAAUAUCUAGCCACUGCAGGCAGGGACUCUGUUAUUAGGAUAUGGAAAGUAAUAUCUUCCCCCUUGGCGAGAUUAGAAUAUAAGAGUUAUGAAGAAGCCAAUAAGGAAAACACUGGAAAGAAAGAGUCUGUUGACAACAUCGAUAGUUUCUCUCUUCCUCCAGGACAAAAUGAAAUUAGCUCUGACAAAAAGAACCCUUGUAAAGUGAGCAUGUCGAAGAGCACAGCUUCAGCUAACAAUACCUCGGGCGCUAACUUCGGUAAAAAUGGAACCACUAGUGCUAACGGCUCAAAUAAUAAUGGAGAAUAUAGAAGAAGCAAGACUAGACUUUUUCCUAAUGCACCAGUUUUCCAUCAGGAGCCAGUAAGAAUAUUCAGGGGCCAUUCUCAUAAUAUUCUCUCACUUGAUUGGAGUAAGAAUAAUUUCCUUAUAUCAGGAAGUAUGGAUAGGACAGUGAGGCUCUGGCAUAUAGAUAAAUAUGAAUGCUUGCAAACUUUCCCACAUGAGGACUUUGUUACGACUGUUAAAUUUCAUCCCACAGAUGAUAGAUUUUUCUUAAGUGGAUCUUUGGACAAUAGACUUAGAUUAUGGUCCAUUAUCGAGCAAAAUAUUGCAUAUGUCAAUGAUUUGGGUGAUGAUGUAUUGAUUACUGCAGCGUCUUUUACCCCAGAUGGUACGAUUUGUCUAGCAGGAGGUUUCAAUGGAUCAUUUUUUACUUUAGAGACAAAAGGAUUGCAAUUAAUUGCAAGGUAUGAGGUUAAGGAGAAGCACGUAAACCCGUUUCACGAUAAGAAUGGGAACAAGAUCACAGGAAUCAAAGUGUUUGAACGUAAUGAAGAUGAAAGUAAAGAGAACCAUAGUCAUUUUAAGAAGCAUGCCAAAGACGACAAGGACGAUGGAGCAGAUUCUAAAACAAAGUCUGACCCAAUGGCCAAAUGGAAUGUCCUUGUGACGACGAACGACUCAAAAGUCCGAUUAGUUAACUCUCACCAAAAGAAAUUAGUGACUCGUUUCAAAGGAUUAACAAAUAACUCGUCUUCUAUUGUUGCAGAUAUUAGCUAUGAUCAUCAAUAUAUUAUAUCGGGAAGUGAAGAUCAUUGGUGCUAUGUGUGGAAGAACAAUAACUCGAUAAUCAAUAAUAAAUUGAAAAAUUCCUUGACUGAAUUAAUGCUUGAUGGUAAGCAUCAAUUAAACGAUUUACACCAGAAACAUAAGAAGUAUACCAAUUUACUCCAUGCCAACAAGUUUAUGAAGAAAUUGAAUUUACAAAAAUUUCUUGAAACGGAGGGAUUCAAAUAUGAGUAUAUUGCAAAUGAGAACAGCAGCUACUCUUCAUUCCAUGCACAUCAUACUAAAGUAAAUGCAGCUAUAUUCGCUCCUUUAGAAACAAGCAAAUUGUUAGAAUUAUCUGACGAUUGCAUAUAUGAUUUGAUGAAGAAGUAUAACAGUACGUUGUCAGGACGUGAUAAUGAGGCAUACGUAGAACCAGGGUAUAUAAUCAUAACUACUGAUGAACAAGGAUGCAUUAGAGUAUUCAGACAAGACACUGCUAUCAAAUUUAGAAAGCAAGCUCGUUCUUAUGGGAAGAAAUUUUCAAGAAAGAGAUCAGUAGCCAAGAAGGAUAGUAACGAAACGCCCGGAAGUAAUUCGGACGAGAUUUCAUCUUUUCCACUAUCUCAUACAAAUUCAAGCAGUAAGCUUUACAGAAGUAAACUGACUAAAGGGAGAAGCUUAAGUCCAGUAGCUUCUAAUUUUAAAAACAGAAUCCUGGGUAAAAUCAAAAGUGGUAAUUCCAUUCCUAAUUCUCCUGUGACUACUACCAGUGCCGAAUUUACGAAUAAUAGUUUGGAUGCAUCGACUUUGUCAACUAAUUCUUCCAUAAAUACAAGACCAAAGAUUGUGUCUUCAUCUUCCUUAAUCAAUGGACGCCAAAAACCACAAAGUCCACCACAAACGAAUGUAGUACCUGCAAACAAUUAUGCUGUUAAUUUGCCUGAUCCAGCAACUGAGCUUCCUUCGCUAAAGACGACACUCUUAAACAAGGAUGAAUCUGCUACUACAAUCAAGGACAGCGAUACGGAUCUAUCAAGGAUUCCUUCAAUUACAGUAGAUCUGCCUACUGGCUCAUCCCAGCACGGAUCAAAGCAUAGCAUUCAACCAGUCCUGCGCUCAUCUGGAGAAUACAAUGGUUCUCCUGUAAUUCCUAGUCACUCACUUACUCAAAGUAUUGGGGAUAUCUCAUUCAAAGACAAAAAGCAUAGGGAACCACCUCAAAAUUUAUAA